AUGCACGGCUCAAGAAAACCUCAGCGGCAUCAUGAAAAUGACGAACAGAGGCCUUCAGCCACACAGCCGUUAAGUUUCGAAGCAAAAUAUUCAAGUGUCGGAGAUCACGCUGCGGAUACGCCGGCACAGCUAUCUUCUUCCGCCAGAAAGAAUACUGUAGAAUUGAAUCUUACGAAAGUGUUACCAGCAGUAGCUCAGAAAGUUGCAGCGGAUUAUUUGAACAAUUCAUCGGCUAUUGAUUUUUCGAAUCCAGCAUUCACCGCAGGAACCGAAGAAACGAAAAACGAGAUAAGUGAGGCGUUUCUGGAUGGAGGUUUGAGUCAAACCGUGACCGAAUCAAGUCAGCUUCCAGAUCGAGUCAUUCCUGAAACCAGUCAGCCUCAUCAGUUUAGUGCCGCCGAAUCUAGCCAAUUUCCAAACCAGAAUGUGGCCGGCUCCGGGAGUUUCGUGAAUCAAAUUGCCACUGUAUCCAGUCAUGUUCCGAUCGGAUCUGGUCAGCUUCAGGUCGAAGUCCACGUCAGCGAGAAGCCUAAAAAACAAGAAAUUUCAGAAGUUGAAAUUGUGACUGAUGGAGUAGUCGGGAAUCAGGAAGGCCUUAGGAAUAUCAAAGCUGCAAGUGAAUUAGUUGUUGGAAAACACGAUGAAAUUCCAAAGCAACUUAAAGUUGAUGAGGAAAGUUCAGGAAGCGAACAGAUAGCUAGAAAAAGCGAAGUAACUUCUGGAGGUGGUGAAAUGAAGGUUGAGCAUGGAUUAGCGAGAAGUGAUUUACCGAAACGACUCAAGGAUGAUGAGGAGAGCUCAGGACUUGCGACUUCGAUUUCAAACAGGAAUAGUAAUGCAUCAAAAGCAUCAACACUGAGCAGCUGUGUUACAUCUUCCAGCACCAGCUUGCAGCAAAAAGCGGAUUAUUUGAACAACUCAUCGGCUAUUGAUUUUUCGAAUCCAGCAUUCACCGCAGCAACCGAAGAAACGAAAAACGGGAUUAGUGAGGCGUUUCUGGAUAGAGGUUUGAGUCAAACCGUGACCGAAUCAAGUCAGCUUCCAGAUCGAGUCAUUCCUGAAACCAGUCAGCCUCAUCAGUUUAGUGCCGCCGAAUCUAGCCAAUUUCCAAACCAGAAUGUGGCCGGCUCCGGGAGUUUCGUGAAUCAAAUUGCCACUGUAUCCAGUCAUGUUCCGAUCGGAUCUGGUCAGCUUCAGGUCGAAGUCCACGUCAGCGAGAAGCCUAAAAAACAAGAAAUUUCAGAAAUUGAAAUUGUGACUGAUGGAAUAGCCGGGAAUCGGGAAAGCCUUAGGAAUAUCAAAGCUGCAAGUGAAUUAGUUGUUGGGAAAAAUGAUGAAAUUCCAGUGCAGCUCAAGGCUGGUGAGGAAAGUUCAGGACGCGAACAGAUAGCUAGAAGAAGCAAAGUAACUUCUGGAGGUGAUGAAAUGAAAGUUGGGCAUGGAUUAGCGAGAAGUGAUUUACCGAAACGACUCAGGGAUGAUGAGGAGAGCUCAGGACUUGCGACUUCGAUUUCAAACAAGAAUAGUGAUGCAUCAAAAGCACCAACACUGAGCAGCUGUGUUACAUCUUCCAGCACCAGCUUACAGCAAAAAGGGAAAUUAUCGCCUCUGAUUGAAAAUUUUUUUUCACGACGACAACAAAGAUUUGGAUCAAAGUAUGAGAUACGAGCUGCCACUGCUGGCUUACGCCGAGGCAGCAGCAGCACUGAUGAUCAGGUCAGUCCAGAAGUUAAUGAAGCCGUUUGGAAAUUAUCGCCUCUGAUUGAAAAUUUUUUUUCACGACGACAACACAGAUUUGGAUCAAAGUAUGAGAUACGAGCUGCCACUGCUGGCCUACGCCGAGGUAGCAGUAGCACUGAUGAUCAGGCGCCGCCUCGUACACUGUUAUCAGCUGUAACAGCGGCAUUUUCGGGACGUCGUCAUUCGAGCUUAUCACCGCGUCACCCGAUCCUUCUAAGUGCUUCGCGACACAGUAUGUGCAUUUCUUUUAAAUGUCGUGUAGCCGGUGCUCUAACUUCCAUGAUUUUACCCGAUACAUAUACCGUUUUUCAUUUGUCCUAUGAAGCGCUCUGUACACAGCCAUGGAUUGGCCGAGAUGUUGCAUGCUUGAUAAUUGCUGAUACAGCUCAUCUGGAUGAUAAAUGCUGGAAUCGACUGCAGCACUAUUUCAAUAAUGUAGUUUCUUUGAAAUUCUAUGAAAUUAAAACUGUGAAAUGA